AACAAAUGAAGAGUUGGCUUGAAGGUUGGAAAUUAGGCUCAGAAGUGUAGUCGAGUCCAGUUCGGAACUCCAACUCCAAAUGACUCUCCAAAACUUCCUCAAAACCCUGAAAACUGCUAAAAGAUCCUCCGCUUCAACCCUUCCUCCAAAACCUUAUCAACACCUACCCCACCUUAUCUCCCAAUUCCUCACUGCUUCUAAGCCUCUUGAUUCCUCUACUCUUCCCCAUCUCGAUUCCACCACUUUCCAUGAUAUCCUCACAAACCCACAUCUCAAAGCCUCCAAAUGCUUUCGUUUCUUCAAUUUGGUUGUCAAUAACCAAUCUAUGCUUUCCUUCAAACCCGAUCUUCAGGAUCACUUGACCCUUAUUUCUAGGCUUGUAAAAGCCAGGUUGUUUGCCGAUGCUGAAGCUCUGAUGAAAACUGUGUCGAUUGAUGAGAAUCUCAGGUACCCUUUUCUUGUUAUAGCCUCUGGUGUUGAGAAUUUAUGUGUCGACUCUAAAGUUACUGCAAAGUUUUUUAAUUUAAUGCUUAAAGUUUACUCUGAUAGUGGGAAAUUCAGUGAGGCAUCAAAGGCUUUUGAUUUUAUGAAGGAUAAUGGGAUUAAGAUUGACGAGAGAACUUGUACUGUUCAUUUAAAUGCUCUUAAGAAAGCUGAUGAAUUGGGGAUGGCUUUAGAUUUCUUUGAUCAAAUGGUACAAACAGGUCUUGCGAUUUCUGUUUAUUCAUUGACAUCUGUGAUUGAUGGAUUGUGUAGAAAUGGGGAUAUAAAGAAAGGCAGAGAGUUAAUGGAGGAGAUGUCCGGCAGAGGGAUUAAAGGCAAUGUAAUAACUUAUAAUACCCUGAUAGAUUCAUGUGCAAAAAGAUGGGACUUUGAUGAGUUGGAUUUAGUGUUAGGUUUGAUGAACAAAGCAGGAGUAGGUUUUAAUGUGGAUACUUAUAAAUUUCUGAUAGAUGGGUAUACAAGCUAUGGGAAAAUCGAAGAUGCAGAAAGGUUAGUCAUGGAGAUGCAUGUUGAAGCUUUGCAAGUUGAUGCUUAUUUGUAUAAUUUGAUGAUAAAUGGGUAUUGUAAAUUAGGAUCAAUGGAGAAUGUGUUAUUGUUGUUAGGUAGAAUGAGCGAUAGAGGCGUAAAGCCAAAUGCUGAUACAUAUUGGCCUAUAAUAAAUUGGUAUUCUAAGAUUGGAGGAAUGGAGAUGGCAAUGAAGUAUGUUAGAGAGAUGCAAAUGAUGGGAUUUGAGUUGGACAAGGAUAUGUAUGAUAUGUUGAUCGAUAGGUUACCGAAUGGAAUGGCUGGUGAAGCUUUUGAGUUGCAAAUCGAGAUGGAGAGGAAAGGAUUUCAUGCUGAUAUAUCAUUAUGCAAUCAGAUAGGGGAACUAUUGUGUGAAACUAAUCAGACUGAGAAAGCAAAGAUGCUGGUAAACAUAAUGAUUAAAAGGGAAUGCCCUAAGACGGUAAGCUUCGCAUCUGCAAUCAGUUAAUGUUGCUGCUUCAUGAGAUGCACAAUGUUACUCAUGACUUGGUACUUUUUAUUUGGUUGAGCAUUUUGUAUUAGAUGCAUCUAAGUGCUCCAAUGCCAAGUGUAUACAAUGUUAAUGUAGAAUUCAAUUUUUGAUGAUGCUGU